AUUGAAAGACCUUUAUUUAAAAAAACAGAAAGGCCUUGAAAGCAACAUAGACUAAGCCUCGUGUGUGUGUGUGUGUGUGUGUGUGUGUGUGUGUGUGUGUGUGUGUGUGUGUGUGUGUGUGUGUGUGUGUGUAUGUGUGUGUGAAGGCUCCGCUGUUUGUGAGGCACAGUUGCGUGCGAAGAGCUCGACAUGUCAUUCAGAGGAAUCCGCCACCUGAAACGCGAGGAAGUGAAGGCGACUCAAUUGGGUAUAAAGCAUCAGCCAACAUCUGCCCCGAGCAGUGCAAAGCUGAUGAAAACAUCAGCUCGGAGCUCGUACAGGACCUCUGCGCUUUAUUUUAUUCUCUGUUUUAUUCUCUCCUCUUGGAUUUAUCAUUUGGUUUCACCGAGCCGGUGCACCCGGAGAGACUCAUCUCUUUUUGUGCAACUUCACACAAGAGUGUCUCCACACACAGCACUAUACUGGAAUUAACUCGUACCCACCGAGAUUUCGGGAGCGCACCUGUUACCUCCACGGAGAGCAGGAUCAUGAUUCCUCCGGGAGACUGCAUGUAUGCGGGCAGGAAGAGGAGGAAGCCCAUCCAAAAACAGAAGCCGUCCUCUGCCAAUGAGAAAACCAACCCGUCCAAGCGGCACAGAGACAGGCUGAACGCCGAGCUGGACCGGCUGGCCAGCCUGCUGCCGUUCCCCCCGGACGUCAUCUCCAAGCUGGACAAGCUGUCUGUGCUGCGUCUUGCCGUGUCCUACCUCCGCGUCAAGAGUUUCUUCCAAGAAAACAGGAGUUGCUGUUCUUCCACUGGCUCCUUCGCGAGCCAAGAGAAGACCUCCAGGAAGCAGAUCAUCAGCACAGCAUCCUCCAACCCUGAACCCAGGAAGGAGAGCCUUCCACUGGGCACCGCGGCCAGCGAGAGCGGCCUUUUGCUGGAGUCUCUGACAGGCUUUGCGUUGGUGGUGAGCAGUGACGGGAUGGUCUUUUACGCCUCCUCGACCAUCGUGGACUACCUGGGGUUCCAUCAGACGGACGUGAUGCACCAGAACGUGUUCGACUACAUCCACAUAGACGACCGUCAGGAGUUCAGACGUCAGCUGCACUGGGCCAUGUGUCCUCCCCACCAGGGGGCGUCUGCACACCAGGACGGCCAGAUACCUGCAGGGACAGGUGAGGACUUUGUCGUGAGCAGCCUCUUCAAUUCUCCCGAGGCCGGGGGGGUUCCUCCCGAGCUCUCCUGCUUCCUCAACAGAUGUUUCAUCGCCAGAGUUCGAUGCCUGUUGGACAGCACCUCUGGCUUCCUGACAAUGCAGUUUCAGGGUCGUUUGAAGUUCCUCCACGGUCAGAAAAAGAAGUCGGCCUCCGGAGCUCUGGUUCCUCCUCAGCUGGCUCUCUUCUGCAUCGGUGUCCCCCUGCUGCUGCCCUCCAUCGCUGAGAUGAAGAUGAAGAACAUGCUGCUGAGGGGGAAGAACAAAGGAGGAGGGAUGAGCUCUGCACUGGAGCACGGCGAGCGAGGGGAGCACCUCCGCAGACACUCCUUCAGCGGCGGGAUGGGUGACAUCACAGACCCCCUCCUCCUCUCCUGUCCCACCCCCGGCGGUACCCAGCGAGGUCAUCACACCCCCUGGACCCCGCUCUCCAAAGACAACCUCAAGUACCGCCCCGACGGUUACUACAACCAGGAGGAGCCGCUCAACUACUGCAAGUCCUCCAUGGGCCCUCACAAAGGCAUGAGCCCAGGUCUGAGCGGCGGCUGGCCUCUGCGGCCAAACUCCGGUCCCCUCAGAGCGGGUCAGGGCGUCGGAUACAUCCCCUCAAACCGUCUGAAUAAAGUCGGCCCGUACGGGAAGCCGUACCGCCUCUCUCCGGGCUGCCACAGCGGCCGAGGCGCCGAGGUGUUUGUGUCGAAGCUUUAUGGGAAUGUCCAGAUCCCAUCAGAUCCCGAUGCGUACUGCGUGGACCUGGUGAAGAACGAGAACGGAUACGGGGAAUGCUACGAUGGACAUCUGAUGCCACCCAUUAAAGUGGAGCAUGACUCGGACUCUGAGAACGGCUGCGACGCCUACGGGCAACCCUGGGCGGGCCGGGACCCAGAAACCAUCGACCGCCGCUACAUGAACGGGGUCUACGACCACACCACGGGCCUCCACCUGAAGUCCGAGGCCGAUUACUACGACCCUCAGUACUCACCCUGCCAGAGAGGGAAGGCAGGGAUCAGCCCGCCGUACAACAACGGCAACUAUCAGAACUAUGCAGUCAACAACAGCGGCAACACGAGCAACCGUCUGUUGAAAUGUGACAAAGACUUGAGCAACAACAACAACAACGACAACAACGACACGUUCAGCCCUCAGAGACUCUCGCACCCCGACUCUCUGUGCAGCAACCAACCCGUCAACCUCAUGGACUCACACCUCUACCAGCAGGACCCGCACAAGGCCUACAUGCACCCGGACUACAACAAGCAUGCCUCUUAUGAGUUCAAAGGUCACAGCCUGAUCCACUCAAUCAAACGGGAGCCCAUGGACUCCCCGCCGUGGUCGGAGAGCGCUCACGACAUCAGCCAGGCCAUGAUGGUCGGCCCGAGGAACAUUAUGCCGUGUGUGAUGAGCUCGGGACAUCACAAGUCCAACCCCUACAUUUACAUGCCCUGAGAGACACACACACACACACACACACACACACACACACACACACACACACACACACACACACACACACACACACACACACACACACACACACACACACACACACACACACACACACACACACACACACACACACACACACACACACAGCGUGCAUUAAAGUCCUGUUAGUGCAGCACACACACACCAGCAUUACAAACAGACUCUUGACUACGAGGAUCUCCAGGAUGUCAGCGUUCGGAUCUCUUCUUCAGCGUGGCGAUGGUGAUGAGGUCACAAACAGGCUCAGGUUUAGCGUCGUGACAAUCACAAAAGAAACUUUGAAUCCGCUCUGCUUACAGACGGUUUUGUUUUUAAAGAAUACGUUUUUUUGUAGUUGGUUCCGAGCACUUUUGGAUUUUAGUGAAAAUGAGACGUCUUAGAGACACACUUUCAGUUUGUCGUACGUGUUGUGUUCACCUGGCGUCGUGGGGCGAAACAUUGCUGUAAAAAAAAAAAAAAAAAGAAUAUUUUUGAAAACUUUGUUCACAGGAGAAGCUUACACCCAUACAGCUGGGCUCAUGGAGGGAGACGCUUCAGUGACGUCAGGGCGGGCUGCUGGUUUCUAUGCAACUUUCAAUGAUAUCAGAUCUGUUUGCAGAGACUUGAAACAUAAUCAAAUCAUCAGGUUUAGUCAAAGUUACACAUAAUAAGUUUGCAAGCAGAGUCUGUUUAGAAAACGCUCCAAAGUCCUGAUUUCAAGAACUCAAAUAUCUAUGCAGAAAAAUCAACAUUACAAUCCAGUGCUUCUGUCGGAGCAAACUGGAAACCUGGGAGCUUUCAAGGGACUCAUUCACAGACCCCUGAGGGCACAGAAAACUUUCCUGUGAGCACAAGAUUGAUUCCCGAGCUGACAAGAAAGUAUUUCAACGAGAACGUUUCUCACAAUCACUAGAAAGUGUUUCAUGUCAGAGUUUCUGACAUUCUGUCUCAGAGGAUGAGCUCUUUAAACAUCUCUGUGCGACGGAGCUGUUUCAAAAAGUUUCACAAGAGCACACAAUACUUUCUGGUGAGGACAAGACAUGUUCUCGUGUGCGAUGGCUAAGACUUUACUAUUCAAAGAUAUGGUCACUGAACUGAGAUCGCACAGUAACAACAGAUCUCAACGUCUGAAGGCGAGGAGAGUCUGUUUGAUUUGAAGGAAAGGGUUCGGUUCUUCUUCAAUGACAUCAUCGUCCUGGGUCAUGAACCUCCUGUUGAAAAUAUGAGUUAUUUUUUGUCAUCUUUUGUCCGAGCUAAUGUUGUACAGUGUGGAUUAGUGUUUAUGACGAGAUCAGCAUUUCAACUGGAUGCAGCCGCUGCAGAAACGACACAUUUCCUUUGAGAUGAAUUUCCACUUUUCAUGUUGUCUGUUCAGUCCGAUAAAACAAAACAUCCGACUUUGUCUUCACACUCAGUAUUUUUGCACAAAUCAAUGAAAAGCACCAAAAUGGAUCGGACGUCUCAGUUCUAGUUUCUGACUUGCACUACUGGGAGAAGGUCAGAGGAAGGUCAGCCGAGUCUUUGAGUCGACACGCACAAGUGUACGAGGUGUCACUGUUUUGAAUUUGUCUUUUUUCUCUUUGUGUGUGUUCAUUUCAAUAAAUGUUUGAUGAGUCGUAUUUAUUGUGAGAGACAAAAGUGCGUAAUUUAAAAACUCCAGUUUGAAGGCUUUUCUGUUUCACUAACGUUUAUGAAUAUGGCUUUUUUUUUUCUUGCUAUUGUUUUGAUAAUUGUCAUACUUGUCUCAUGGAGGAGGUAGCUGCAAGGUAGCGAAUACAGUGUACAUAUGCAGUGUCUUCCAAUGUUUCUACGUGUUUUUGCAAAUGGGACUUAUCUAUUAAAAUACUUUUCUUUGUAUGGAAA